CCUCAUUUUUUUAAAGUUAUUUACGAUUUGGUUCUUCCGAACCGAAACGGCUACCCAGCAAAUUAUAAACCGCAAAAAUGGUCGUAAAUGGGCCCCACACGUAAAGCCCAAACCCAAAAGGGGAAGAAGCCUCUCGAGAGAACGGUUCCUUCCUUUCCUUCCCCUUCUCAUCAAAUCCUUUCCUUACCAAGCUGCGACUCCUGCUGAGAGAGAGGAGUUAAUUUUAAUUUUCGAGUACGAGAACAGAUUCAAUGGCGAAUUGGGGAGAAGGAAGAAGAAGGGGAGGAGGAGGGAUGCUGCCGCUGCUAGCGCUGAGCACCGUCGCCGAGUACUACAGGUUGCCAUGGAAGCCGCCGGUGACGGCGAGUCUUUUGGCCGCCAACACUCUCAUCUAUCUCAGACCCUCCUUCCUCGAUCCUCUUCUCCCCCAUCUCAGUGAGGUCUGGUUCAAUCCCCACCUCAUCGUCAAGCAUAAGGACUUGAAACGCUUCCUUCUGUCGGCGUUCUACCAUCUAAACGAACCUCACCUGGUUUACAAUAUGAUGUCCCUUCUCUGGAAAGGCGUUCAGCUCGAAACAUCCAUGGGAAGCAUCGAGUUUGCUUCCAUGAUCGUAGCUCUCUUGGGUAUGUCCCAUGGGCUCACCGUGCUGUUAGCCAAAUCGCUUCUUGCCCUCUUCGACUACGACCGAGCCUACUACCACGAGUAUGCUGCCGGGUUCUCCAGUGUCCUCUUUGCCAUGAAAGUCGUCCUCAACGCUCAGUCUGAGGAGUACUCCAGCGUGUACGGCAUCAUUGUCCCGACCAGAUAUGCUGCCUGGGCGGAACUGAUUCUAGUCCAGAUGUUUGUCCCCAGCGCUUCGUUUCUUGGACACCUCGGUGGAAUCCUCGCAGGGAUUCUCUAUCUGAGGUUGAAGGGCUCUUAUUCAGGCACUGAUCCCUUGACCAUGGUGGUAAGAGGCGUAACCCAAGUUGUGAGCUGGCCCUUGAGGUUUGUGAACAAUAUGCUGCGUUCAAGGCGGCGGCAAAGGAUUUCGGGGAGAGGAAGGGUGGGAAGAGGGCAGACGGGGAUAGCAGGGUCUGGCAUGUGGAGGUGCCAAGCGUGCACUUACGAUAACUCCGGUUGGAUAAGCGUAUGUGAGAUGUGCGGCACUGGACGCAGUGAAAAUGGCUCGUCUGUGUAUCAGAGACCGACCAGGCCGUCUUCCGGUGAUCUGCCUGUGGAGGAGCUGCGACGUCGGAGAGUUGAAAGAUUCGGUUGACCUCUAAGAGAUACCGUGUGAAUAAUGCUUUCAUGAGAUCCAGACCAUUUGCCUUUCUUACCAAUUGUACUGAUUACCUUCGACAGCCAUUAUUUGUCUUACAGCUCAUCUGCUUUGCUGUUCAUAUGAUUGUGUUAGAUGUAUUGAUUGAGGUUA